AUGCAUCUGCACCCUCAGCUCAUCAUUUUCAUUUUGCUGAGCGUCAUAGUCACAGUACACUCUAAAGUGAGACCUUGUGAUGCUGAAGGAAAGGACCUCCACAUCCUGUCAGAAGCCAGGACCUUGAGUCGCUUGGGAAACCGUCCAGGGCAACCAAUCAGGGGAGUCGCAAGUGGAAGCAUAGGGCAACUCCACGGCACAGGAGGAUCUUCGAACGGUGGAUCCGGCAUAAUCCAUGGAGGUAGUGGCUUUAGCAAUAAUCAGUUUUUAGAUCAAUCAAAAAGUAAUCUGUUGACACAAAGAUUUAGUAAUCUAGCUCACAAACAUGGGAUUGGUAUAAAAGGCGGUGCUAAUGGAAACAUUAAUCAGUCUCAAUUAAAUGGAGGAACUGUAAGUGCAUUAGCUGGGUCUCCAGCAAUUUUGAAUCAAGGAACCUUUGGAAGUGGAUUAGCAAGCUCUCAAGUUACGGGAUCAGGAGUUUUCGGCCACAAGCACAAGCCUCACAGUGUUCCAGGGAGUGCAAUAGGAGGAAACUUACACCAUUCUCAUCAUCUUCAUCAUCAUGGAAUUAUUGGGAGUCAAAUUUCUGGAGGUGGAGGAACUCUUGGUCACCACCACUUGAGUCAAGGAUUUAAUUCUUUGAACGCAGGAUCAGGAGGUGUUUCAGGACUCGGUCAAAUUGGAGGUCACCUUGGUGGCUUAGGAUUGUUUCAGGGGAGUGCUGUUGGUGGUGGAGCAGGAGGUACCAUGGGUCAUUUUGGUCUCGGAAAUAAUAGGCCACAUCUUGGGCUGAUAAACAGCAACACAAAUCAACCAAGCGUAUCGAACAACUUGAUGAACGUUGGGCCACAAUCGACUCUCAGACCUACUCAGGGCCAAGGUUUGUUGUCAUUUAUUUAUAACCGACCUGGACUAGGGGGUGGAAUAUUGAAUGGGAAUGGGCAAAGUUCAGGAGGUAUUUUUGGCCAAGGUUUGGGUCUGAUCCAUAAUAAUAAUGGUGUUAACCCAGAAGAUGGCGGAGCUGUUAAUCAGUACGGGGUCGGAACUAACUCUGGACAAACAGGCCAUCAAGGAGGUUUGGGUCUUAUACAUAACAUUCAUGGUAUAGGACCUGGAGUUGGCGGAGUUCAUCAGUAUGGAAGUGGGACUAGCUCAGGGCAAGCAGGCCAUCAAGUAGUACAUAUAGGCUCACCUGGUGGCUCAAACUACCAGGGCGGAGGUGGAGUUGGUGCUGGACAUGUUACAAAUCAUUUACACCAAGGAGGGAUAACUUCUCAAGGACAAUCAUCAGCAUUUAAUGGUGGUGGAGGAGUAUUCUACGGACAUCAACGUCCUCAAGGUGUCGUGUAUCAAGUUCACUGGAGCCAGCCUGGAGGAUAUGGUGGUACAGGAGCUGUGAAUUCUGGCAACUCUUAUUACCAAACCCAUCAAGGUACAGCAAAUGGUGUCAGUGGUAAUCAAAACUUAAAUGGCAACCAAGGUGGUCAAAUUCAAAUUACAAAUGGCUAUAAUCAACUUGGCCAGACAAGUCAGAUUCAAGGUUCUUUUAUAAAUGGUGGUGCCAACCAACAAGGGACAUUGACCAGUCAUUUAGGUAACUCUUUCCAAACUCAGGGGCACCAGCUAAGCAGCGGUGCAAACACACAACACACAGGAAAUACAGGUUCAACUGGAAGCUUCUCUGGUUCCAGUGCUAACUCUCAUGGAAUUUCAGGGCAAGGAUAUGGUAGUUUUGGGGGACAAAAUAUUGGAACAAGCAAUGGCAUUCCAACUAGUUCUAAUUCUAAUACUGUUGCAGCUACACAUGCACAAGGAUCAAAUGGCCAAGUUGUCAGUAUUGGUAGUGGUUCUGCUUCAGGUAUUUCCACAGGAUCUUCUCAAAGUCAAGGUUCCAGUGGACAAUCGCAAAGUACACAUAGUGGGUUGUACUCUGGGACAAACCUUGGACAGGUCAGUAGUGUGGGAAGUGGAUACUACUCUGGAUCAUCAGGCUCAGUCAAUUCUUACGGUUCAGGAAUAACUGCUCAGGUGGUAGGGGGUGGUGGACAGUACCUUGCCACAAGCGGGGGUUAUGGAGGAAACAACUUAAAUGGAGUUCAAAGUUCAAGUUCAAAUUUGGGUCAAGGAUCUAGUUUUGGAAGUGCUUCAGGGAGCACUGCAGGAGGUGUAUCACAUUCUACACAGAGUGGACUGCACUCCUCUGGUGUACAAAAUGGACAGUUUACCACUAUGGGAAAUGGAUACUAUUCAGGAUCAUCAGGCAACUCUGUCGGAUCACACGGUUCAGGAACAACUCAGACACAGGGAGGGGGGCAGUAUUUUGUUGUGAACGGAGUUCAUGGUCAAACAGGGAAUUCAAAUUCCCUUUCUCAAGCUUCAAGUUCGAAUAUGCAGAAUCUAGGAAACAGUGGGAGUCAAUAUAGUAGUGCAGGUUCAAGUAUCGGUACUCAACAAAGUCAAGGAAGUAGUGGCCAACAGUAUGGUGGAUAUCAAACAGGAACGAAUGCAGGUUUGGCAGGAAGCCAAUUCCAAAAUAGUGGAACAUCACCAAUUCAAGGCGGAGCUGGUGUUGGGCAGACAUCAAGUAUCGUCGGCGGCUACUUCACAGGAUCGAAUUCUGACUCAAGCUUUGCAACAAGUUCAGCCUCACAAACGCAAGGAAGUAGUAAUCACUUGUCCAGUGUUACAAAUCAAAAUAUUAUUUCAUCAAACGCAGGAGCCUCUGGGAACACAUUGUAUGGAUUAAGCUCACAAAAUAAAUCUGAAGUUUCCAAUACAGCAGCAUCAAGUGUCAAUACAGCAGGAGGGGGAUCACACUCUUCAACAAACAACUACGGUGGGACUUUCUUGGUUGCCUCACAUGGACAUUCAACAAACACACAACCUGCUUGGCCCCAGAGGAAGCCUGUUAACCAGCCUGGGGUAUUCUUUGAAGGAAAUUUAGGUGUUAUUGACUCUCAAGAUAACAAGAAACAAAACAGCGGCAUUCAGAAUUCUAUGUUUGCUGAUGAGUACGUCGAAUCCGAUUCAGAUGGACAAAGUGCUGAAACAGGAUCAGGAACAGGAGUUUCUGGUGGCAGUGGUUCGUUUGUUGCCAGUGGAAACUUAUCAGGCAACAAAGUAUCACAUGCUGGGGGAUCAUUCAGUUCAAGCUCCUCUAUUGCAGGAAAUCAGCAAGAACAAAACUCUGCUGGUAUUGACAGCGGAAUCUACCACAUUGGUGCUACAGGAGGAUUAGGAGGUGGCGGACAAUAUGCCAGUUCAAGUGGGGACACUUCAAAAUUACAGAAUUCUCAAUCACAAGGAGUUCAGGCAGGUCACACUAGCACAAACUCUCAAUAUCAAGGAACUGCUUCAAGCAAUUUAGGUGAUAAUGGAGGGGGUUCAGGAAUUAGCGGACAAUAUACCAGUCCGGUUGGGAGCACUUCACACUUGCAGAGCUCACAAUCACAUGGAACCCAGGUUGGUCAAACUAGCCCAAGCUCUGAAUAUCAAGGAACUGCUUUAAGCAAUUUUGGUACCACAGGUGGAUCAGGAAUUAGUGGACAGUAUGCAGGAGCUCAGGCAGGUCACACUAGCCCAAACUCUCAAGGAACUACAAGCAACUUUGGUAAUGGAGGAGGUUCAGUAAUUAAUGGACAACUAUCCAGUUCAGGUGAGAGCUCUGGAUAUCAAGGAACUACAAGCAACUUUGGUAAUGGAGGAGGUUCAGGAAUUAAUGGACAACUAUCCAGUUCAGGUGAGAGCUCUGGAUAUCAAGGAACUACAAGCAACUUUGGUAAUGGAGGAGGUUCAGGAAUUAAUGGACAACUAUCCAGUUCAGGUGAGAGCUCUGGAUAUCAAGGAACUACAAGCAACUUUGGUAAUGGAGGAGGUUCAGGAAUUAAUGGACAACUAUCCAGUUCAGGUGAGAGCUCUGGAUAUCAAGGAACUACAAGCAACUUUGGUAAUGGAGGAGGUUCAGGAAUUAAUGGACAACUAUCCAGUUCAGGUGAUAGCUCUGGAUAUCAAGGAACUACAAGCAACUUUGGUAAUGGAGGAGGUUCAGGAAUUAAUGGACAACUAUCCGGUUCAGGUGAGAGCUCUGGAUAUCAAGGAACGUCUGUGGGAAGUAUACAAUCCCCAAAUCACAAUAAUGGGUUGACGCUAACAACAUCAUCCAUGUCACAUAAGCCCCAGUCAUCCAGUUUCAGCCAAGGGAGUUCAGUCUUUAGCUCUUCAAACUCUGGAGUUACUAAUCAUUAUGAGGGAUCUAUAAACGGCACAGGUGGUGAAAAUCACUCCAGCAGUUUAGGAAUUAAUGGCAAUUCUAACUCAGAAAAUGGUGCAGCAAUUGAAACCGAGUUUUCAUCCUCAAACUUGGCUGGAGCUUCAAGUUCAACCGCUGAGGAUAUUUCCUCAUCUUCUGAAAUAGGAAAUAAUGGAGUGGAUAAUUUGGAUUCACAAAGUAGUGUUUCACAGUCUAUUGAUACAACUAACUCAAAUCAUCAAGUAGCUGGAUCCACUACAGAUUCAACCUCAACAGGAUCGAAUAUCCAACCUUCCCAAAGCACAAGUAGUACUUCAUCAACACAGGUGUUACUUGGAAGUAAUCUAGACCAAAACAAAGAAAAUUCUGGAAAUUACAAUCUCAAUGUGAACAAUGGAGCAUAUGGAGGUAGUUCUGUUAGCAAUAACCAAGCUUAUAAACCAUCCAGUCAACAUUCUACGGCAUUAUUGGGUAGUAGCAAUACACAGCUUGGUACACAAGAAAAUUAUUCUUCAAUGCACCAGGGAAACCAGGGAUCUUCAAACACAAAUGAAAUUCAUAUUGCUAACAAUGGAGGUGAAUCCUCCCAGCUCUCAGGACCCCAAUCAGGUAACUCUCAAUACGCUGGAGCUGAUACAUCAGGAUCUGGUGUUUAUGGCAAUAACGGCAACAUAGGUUUGAAUAACAAUAAUCCUAAUUCUGUACAUUCAUCAGAAACAAGUAACGGACAAGCGUUUGGAUCACAUGGCACAUUAUCCUCCAGCCAGCAAUCUGGAUCAGCACAGUUUGGCUCAGGAUCAUCUUUGUCUCAGAAUAAUCAAGGAGCCCAAAAUUUAGAAGGUACUGUAGGAAUAAGUAACCAAGGUCAAUCUAGCGGAAUGAAUAACCUUGAACAAUCUUACACUUUGAAACCAACACAAGGGGGAAGUUCGAAUGUUGAAGGUACUUACGUCCACAAUGGACAACAAUCUGGAGGAAACUUACAAGUCGUAAAACAGCCUGUUGCUUCAUCAGGCAUGCUUUCCUCUCAUGGCCAAGGCCAAUUAAGCGGUAGUAGUUCGACUAACAUAGAUUCACACACGAUGAAACACCAAGAAGGCUAUGGGUCAGCAGGUUUUAUGGCUGGAUCAGGGAGUAACACUCACAAUGAAGCCUCUCUUAGUGGAAAUUCGGGAAGCACAAUUCAUACCCAAGCUCAACUUCAAUCAGGGGCUGGAGCUUCCCUCUACAAACAAAGUCAAGGAUCCCUCCAAUUCUCUCAAUACGUGAACCCGCAGUAUACUCAGAGAUACGUUAUCAUUCCUGGAAUGGUCCCUUUCAAUAUGGGUCAUUCGACUCUUAGUGUUGACAAAAAUGGCCAACAGACAAAGUACACAGUAGUACAUACUGAAGAUGGUUCUUAUUUCAUCAAUAAUCCCCUGGAGACAGGCCAAGCAAUGGAACACCAAGGGAGUGGAGCAUUCCAAAGCUAUUACAUUGACCCUACUACUGGUGCUUCAUAUUUAGGUUAUGUUGAUAAUCACCCUGUUUCUCUGUCGGGUGACAUUCAACAGGUGGAUUUGACUGGAGACAUAUCUGGACAUUUGGGAAAGCAAGGGAAUUUCCAAGGACUGUUGAGUAUUCCGAGUAGAAUAGUUGGAGUGAUCAGUGGAGUGGGGAAUUCUCUAAAGGGAUUCGUUAGCCAAGGUAUUAGCGGUGGGUUCCAAGGUAAUGCUGAACACAACGGAGAAGUGAGUUUUGAAGGGAGUGUUUCCAACUUUCCUGCGAUUCAUGGUUCAAUCCAUGGGAACUUUGAAAACCACAUUUCAGGAUCAGGAUCGGUGGAGGGAAGUGCUGAGAGAAUGCUGCCAAAACGUAAAGUUCUUGCAGAAGCAAGAUCUGCUGUACAUUCUGUGAAGAGAGAUUAG